AUGCCGCCAAGCUUGUCAAAUUGUUCUGAACUUCAAAUGUUGUCUUUAUCAGGAAAUGAGUUUGGUGGACCAAUACAUAGUAACAUUGGGAGUCUAACUAACUUGAAGUCCUUGUAUCUCGGUUAUAACUACUUCACAGGGACAAUUCCACAAGAAAUUAGAAAUCUUGUUAAUUUGGUGGAGUUAACAUUGGAGAGAAACCAAAUUACAGGAUCUAUUCCAAUCUCCAUAUUCAAUAUCUCCUCUCUACAAUAUUUGGGGCUAUGGAAGAACAACCUCAGUGGGUCCUUACCACGGGAGAUGGGUAACUUAACCAAGCUUCAGACCCUAAGGCUUGAUAGAAAUAAGUUCACAGGUGAAAUACCGAAAAAGAUGAGCAAUCUUGUUGAGUUGGAGAUAUUAGCAUUGGGGGGUAACAGUUUUACUGGAUCAUUUAUGGAGAUCUUCAACAUAUCAAUGCUAAGAAUAUUUGAUGUUACAGACAAUAAUCUAAAAGGAGUCCUCCCAUCAAAUAUAGGUUCUGUUCUACCCAACAUUCAAGGUCUUUAUCUAGGCGGUACCAAUCUUGUUGGGACUAUACCUCAUUCUAUCUCUAAUUGUUCAAACCUUGCUACUCUAGACCUUUCUCACAACAAACUCACUGGCUUGAUUCCCAACUCUCUUGGAUAUUUGACUCAUCUAGAGACCCUAAACUUCGAGGGAAGCAAUUUAAAGAGCGACUUGUCAUUAAGCUUCUUGACUUCCUUAACAAAUUGCAAAAAAUUAACAAGUCUUUCUCUAUCUUUUAACCCUCUAAAUGGUGAGCUUCCAGUCUCUAUAGGGAACUUCUCCACAUCUCUUGUAAGGUUUUAUGCCAACGGUUGUAAAAUCAAAGGGCGACUUCCUAAUGAAGUUGGGAACUUAAGCAACUUAAUAGACCUUGUUCCCGGUGAAAAUGACUUGAUUGGAUCAAUUCCCACAUCAACUCGCAAUUUGAGAAACCUUCAGCGCCUGUACUUGAAUAACAACAAACUUACAGGAAUUCUUGGAGACAAUCUUUGUAAAUUGUGGCAUUUGGGUGCUAUUUACUUGGGUCAAAAUCAACUUUCAGGAUCUUUUCCUGAUUGUUUAGGGAACGUUACUUCCCUUAGAGAGAUACAUAUGGGUUUCAAUAAAUUGAGUUCCAAUAUACCGGAAAGCAUAGGGAAUCUUAAAGACCUAAUGGAGCUAAACUUAUCAGCUAACAAUAUGGGUGGCUCUUUAUCUCCAAAAAUUGGAAAUCUAAAUGCUAUGACACAAAUGGAUCUGUCAAUGAAUCAAUUUACAAAUGGAAUUCCUCGAGAAAUUGGAGACUUGCAAAAUCUAAUGUACCUUACUUUGAAACAUAACAAGUUGCAAGGAUCUAUACCUGACUCAGUGAGCAACAUGGUAGGUUUGGAAUUUCUAGACCUUUCACAUAAUUAUAUAUCAGGAACCAUCCCUAUGUCUUUGGAGAAACUUCAAAACCUGAAGUAUUUCAAUGUUUCUCACAACAAUUUGUAUGGUGAAAUCCCUUCCGAGGGUCCUUUCAAGAACCUCUCGAGUCAGUUUUUUCUCUUCAAUGAAGCAUUGUGCGGUUCCCCAAGAUUUAGCGUCCCUUCGUGCCCCACUUCUUCAAAUCAUAGUAGGAAAAGAAUGCUAGUUCUAUUUCUUCUACUGGGAGUUGCACUAGUAUUUGUUCCUACCACCUUUGUGUUUGUAUGGAUAAGGUAUAGAAGAGGCAAAAGAACUUCUCAACAAGCUAAUUCAUUGUCUAUCUCAACAAGAGGAAGAAUUUCAUACUAUGAACUUCUCCAAGCAACCGAUUCAUUUAGUGAGAGUAAUUUGAUUGGUUCUGGGAGUUUUGGCUCUGUCUACAAAGGAAUUCUUAGUAAUGGAAUUCCUAUUGCAGCUAAGGUGUUCAAUAUGCAAUUAGAAGCGGCAUUCAAGAGUUUUGAUAUAGAAUGUGAAGUUUUGCGCAACCUUCGCCAUAGGAAUCUCAUAAAAGUCAUCACUAGUUGUUCCAACCUUGAUUUUAAGGCUUUAGUACUCGAGUACAUGCCUCAUGGGAGCCUCGAUAAGUGGUUGUAUUCACACAACUACUUCCUAGACAUCAGGCAGAGACUAAGCAUUAUGAUAGAUGUGGCAUGUGGAUUGGAAUAUCUCCACCAUGGGUACUCCUCGCUCGUGAUUCAUUGUGAUCUGAAGCCUAGUAAUGUUUUGUUGGAUGAGAAUAUGGUUGCCCACCUAAGCGAUUUUGGUAUUUCAAAAUUGCUUGGUGAUGAUGAAAGUGACUUAUACACUAAAACCUUAGCAACAUUGGGUUAUAUAGCACCAGAGUAUGGACUGGAUGGAUUGGUGUCAACAAAAUGUGAUGUUUAUAGUUAUGGGAUCAUGUUACUGGAAACGUUUACUCGGAGAAAACCUAAUGAUGAAAUGUUUGAGGGAGAUCUUAGUUUGAAGCAAUGGGUGAGUUAUUCACUCCCGGGGGAAGUAAUGAAUGUUGUGGAUGCCAACUUGGUAACAUCAACAGAUAUUCACUUAAAGAAGAAGUUAGAUUGUGUGGAAUCGAUCAUGAAAGUGGGAUUAGAUUGUUGCGUUGAAUCUCCAACAAGAAGGACAAACAUGAAAGACGUUGUAGGAAUGCUACAAAAGAUCAAGAUUCAACUUCUUACAUGUUGAGCGUGAUCCUAGAAACUUUUGUUCCAAAAUCCCUUGUUUGUUGUACAUGUUUGC